GCCCACUCUUUCACGCACAUGCGCAGUGUAGUUCUGAGUCACAUGAUGACACCGUGGCUUCCGUUCCUGGCUACAGCACAGACCGGUGUGGAGGAUGAGCUCCGGCAACGCGACCAGGAAGAAAGUCGGCAGACUGCAGCAGCUCAACAAUGUGGUGGUGUUUGACCCUGAAAUACUAACUGAGAUUAAAGAUCUUUUUAGUAAAGUUAAAACCUAUGUGAAACCAUCCAAUGGAGAGUGGGGCAUCCCUGACCCAAAUGUUGCUCUCAGACACCCUGCGAAGGAGCAUUGCCGGCUGCAGUCCCUGAAGGUGUCGCUGAACGCCGUGAAGAACCAGCUCAGUGACAAGAAUGUCCAGGUCUGGCAUCAGCACACCAACUCCACCAACCGGGCCGGGAAGGUCAUUGCGGCCGUUCGUUCUGUUGCCAACGCGGAGAUCUGCACUCAGGCCUGGUGCAAGUUUUAUGAGAUCCUGGGAAGCUUUAAUCUUCUUCCAGAGGAGGCCCUUCACGAUGGGGAGCUGAACACAGUGCACCUGUGUGAAGCUCCAGGAGCCUUUAUAACUGCUCUAAACCAUUACAUUAAAACCAGCGAGUCCACGCGCUACUGUGACUGGAGCUGGGCUGCCAACACUCUCAACCCGUACCACGAGGCUAACGGUGGGAGCACAACCAUCGCAGAUGAUCGGUUAAUCGCUAACACGCUGCCCUGGUGGUUCUUUGGCUCAGAUAACACAGGCAACAUCAUGCUCCAGAAGCAUUUGUUGGAGCUGCAGGCGUUUGUGGCUAACAUGCGUAGAGUCGAUAUGGUGACGGCAGAUGGUAGUUUCGACUGCCAGGAGAACCCUGACGAGCAGGAGGCGCUGGUGGCGUCACUGCAUUACUGCGAGGUCACAGCUGCACUGCUGCUCCUCAGCCCCGGCGGCUCCUUUGUACUGAAGAUGUUCACCCUUUAUGAACACUCCUCCGUCUGCCUCCUCUACCUGCUCAACUGCUGCUUCCGCUCCGUCAACGUCUUCAAACCUGCCACCAGCAAGGCCGGGAACUCCGAGGUUUAUGUCGUGUGUCUGAACUACGACGGCAAGGAGGCUGUGAGGCCUCUGCUCUCGAAACUCAUUCGUAAUUACGGACCGCACCUUGCUGACCGAGAAGCACUUUUCCCAGAUUCUCUUAUCCCGCAGUCGUUUGUGACACAGCACGAAGAGGUGUGCUCGUACUUCUACACACUUCAGGUGGAGACGAUCACAGAAAACCUGCGACUGUUUGAAGGGACGAGCGCAGAGCAGAGGCAGCGACUCGACUACAUCAGGGAGUGUACGGCUCAGGAAUACCUGCAGCGAUUCCAGGUGAGCUUCCUUCCACGGAGUCGAUGGAUCUCUCGUAACACGGUGAGUCCUGCCUGCUGCAGCGUCUCAGCGGGGCGACCUCUGGGACAGAAGAAGCAAACAGGCUCCUUCAACGAGCGGAGGGAAUUGCAGACCCUGAGCUGGAGGGAGCGCAUCGAGAGGGGUUGCCAUGCCACCUGGAUACAGAGACACUGCACUGAGACCAGCGGAGCGGGCUGCGUGCUGGAAGGACCCCUGUCUGACUGUCACGUUGACUCCUGGUACAUUAUCGCCGGCGCUGCGCUGCCUGCAGUCAGAAACUCUCCGUUCUGUGAAGGAGGAUUGUUGAACCACUUGAAUGAAGCACUGGUGGACACAGCUGAGAGAUCAGCAGUAGACUGGACUCGUGUGUCUCCCUGUGACUCUUGCCAUGCGGUCUGCACUGCCUCCAUCUUGUCAGAUGUGGCAGGUCUUUGCACCUUCACAGUUGACAGUGAAGGCAACAAAGAGAAAAGGCGGUGUCUGGUGUUUGGCAGUCGCUCACUGUGGGACGCCUGUGAGAGCCAAAUUGGGGAUUUAGUCUUGACAUUUUCUGGGGAGCCUUCAUUCCCUCAGAGAGGCUGCAUCACGCUGCACGACGGGGAGCCGCUGUAUCAGCACCAGCUCUUGGGCUGCGUUGUGUUUUCCCUGCAGAACCUGAACUCUGGGGACGCCCUCCUGCUGCCUGUGUUUUCUGCCUUCACUCGUGUUACUGCAGCAGUUGUGCUCUGCCUGCACGCGUGUUUUCGCUCGGUCACGUUCAGGAGUCCGCCCCCCUCAGGCGUGGUCGGAGCAGUGCUUGUAUGUGUUGGCUUCUACCCUGAAGCUGCUGCCCGAAUACUCCCGGUCCUUACUGAUGUCCAUAACUACAUUGGUCAGUUGUUAAGAGGAGAAGAGGGUGAAAAUCCAUCUUCUGGAUGUGACAGACAGGUGUUACAGUUCGUCCCCAUGGAGGAACUGCUCACAGGAGGACUGACGGACUUCCUGUGGACCAUGAACUCUGAAAUCAUCCGACAGAAGCUACAUUUGCUAAUGCAGUCGUAGCGCAGUUUAGUGAACUGUGACUGCGAUACAUGAUAUCCCCUCAUUAUUUUACAGGCUGUUUUAUUCAUGUUGAAUCAACAGAGUGCAUGAACUUUAUGAAGUUCAAGUUAAAGCUACUGAAUAAGUUUUAUAUGUUGAUAUUGAGGCUAAUGAUGAUGCUUCUGCGGCAGAGAUGAACUGCUACAUAUUACACUGUGCUUUCAAUGCCUUUUAAUUAUUAUGGACUUUUUUCCCCUCCAGCUGAUAUGAUGAUGUAUUGGAUACUGUUUCUAAGGGGUUUUUCUGUUAGUUAAUCUAAUGAUGAAGAAAUUAAAAUUACUGACUUCA